AUGAGCAGUGCGCAAGGCACGUCCAAUGCGCCGGUGAACUACACGUUCACCGUCGGGAAGCUCGAUGCGGGAAUCGCCAUUUUGAUUGGAGAGCGCGCGUCGCUCAUUGAGUUUCCCGCCCUGCUCCUUCCGCAAGGCGUCACGCUCGGCAGCGUCGUCGACAUCCGUGUGACGCGCAACGAUGGCGAGGAGCAGAAGCAUCGUGAAGAGUUUGUUGCGCUGCAGGACGAUAUCCUGCAGAUGUACGGCAUCAACAGCCCAUCGCCCCCUGCGCUCCGCCUGCGCCAUGUCACGCAAACCACGGUGACGCUCGAGUGGGAUCCGCUGCAGCUUGCGAACGCAGACUUACUCUCGUUUGAUAUCGUGCGCAACGGGCAGCGCAUCGCCAAGAUCCCGCGGCCGCUCAGCACGACAUCCACCAAGCUGUCCGGCCUGUCGAUGGACACGGACUACACGAUCCAGCUCGUCUUGUACACCAGCGCGGGCGUCUUUCCGUCGGACGAGCUGCGGACCCGGACGCACACCAUUAAUGAUAUGAGCGGCAUCCACGCGUGCCUUGGCGGCAUCAACGAUCCGCGCCUGCGCGAGGCGACCAAGAGAGUGAUCGAGGCGCUCGGCGCCAAGUGCUCGGACCAGAUCCAGCUCGAUACGACGCACCUCAUAACCACGCACGAGCCGCCGCGCGAUGGGCCGGACGCCCAGGAACUCAAGGUGUACGAAAAGGCACUGCAGCUCAGCAUUCCCAUCGUACAGCCACACUGGCUGUUUGCGUGCCAGGACGAGCAGCGCAUGGUCAAUAUCUCGGGGUACUAUCUCGACACGAUCCCGUCAAACGCCAUGCGCGUCAAAGAACGUCUUGGCUCCAAGCCGCGACAGGGGAUCGACGACGAGGCACCCGCGCCGCCGGCCAAGGACGAGAUCCAGGUCGUGGACGCGGUGCAGACAGAGGAGGAGGUGGCCGAGCCUGUGGAAAGGGCAGACGAGCCAGCGCACGCCGCGGCGACGGAGCCUGCAGAAGAUGCGCAGGAGGACGCGCCCGAGGCAACGGAUGUGCCGGAUGCAACAGACGCGUCCAACGCACCCAAUGCACCCGACGCGCCUGCCGGCACGCCCGCACCCGCCGACACGCGCGCUUCCACCGGCGCGCCCACGACGGCCGACGACACGCUCGAAUCCGAAAUGGAGAAUAUCGCUCUUUAG